AUGAGGUACUGUAUAAUAGGAGCUGGAAUGGCAGGAAUGGCUGCUGCUAGACGUGUGUUCGAAAUUGGAGAAGAGGUUGUUAUUUUCGAACGCAACAACCAAAUAGGAGGAACCUGGAUAUAUACCGAUAACGUAGGAACAGAUCGUUAUGGCCUUCCCAUUCAUACCAGCAUGUAUCGAGGACUCCGAACAAAUUUGCCUAAAGAAGUGAUGGGAUACCCUGAUUUUCCUGUACCCGCACAAAAGAAUUCAUACAUAGACUCCAAAGAUAUAUUAUCGUUUAUUCGACUUUACGCUGACCGCUACGACAUCAAAAGAUAUAUCAAGUUUGCGCACCAUGUUAUACAAGUCCAUCCUACAAAGGAUGGACAAUGGAUUGUCGAAGUGGAGAAUCUCGCGGAACAGCAGAAACUUUUUUAUAGGUUCGAUUUUCUAUUUAUAUGUAACGGUCAUUAUCACACUCCAAACAUACCAUGCAUAAAAGGAAGUAAUCGUUUCCAAGGACAGCAACUGCACAGCCAUGAUUAUCGGAACGCCGAUCAUUACGAAGACAAAGCAGUACUCGUGAUUGGAGCUGGUCCCUCCGGGAUGGACAUUGCGUUAGAAUUAACGAAAAAGGCUCGUCGUGUAACAAUUAGUCAUCACAUGGAAUUGUUAACCUUUGCGUUUCCUUCAAACCUAAAUCAACAAACAGACGUUUCUUUGUUUACGGAAAACGGGGCAAAAUUCACCAACGGGCAUGAAGAAUCCUACGAUGUAAUUUUGUACUGUACAGGGUUUCGAUAUAAUUUUCCUUUUCUUGGCGUAGAUUGCGGAAUACAUGUGGAUGAAAAUCACGUAAAACCACUCUACAAGCAUUGUAUCAAUAUAAACCAUCCUACAAUGGCAUUCAUUGGCUUGCCCUUUUACGUCUGUGCUGCUCAAAUGAUGGAUCUGCAGGUGCGAUUUUGCUUGAAAUAUUUCAAAGGCGAGCUAAGCUUACCGACCCAGAACGAAAUGCUCGAAGAUAUGAUGGAAGAAAUCGAAGAUCGCUUGCGGCGCGGCUUUAAAAAACGACAUGCCCACAUGAUGGGUCCAGAACAGGACCAAUAUUACAACAAACUAGCAAGAACAGCUGAUCUUGAGACAAUUGCUCCAGUUAUGACAAAGCUGCACAACGAAAGUAGUCAACGAUUUAUCGAUAAUUUGAUAGAUUUUCGAAAUGAUAUAUUUAGAAUUAUUGAUAAGGACAACUUUGAAUACAUUAAUAAUACUUUAUAUGACAUAAAAUAA